GUCUAGUUGUUUUUUUUUUCCGUUUACUUUUUUUUUUUUCCUUAAUCUCGUCAUAAAAAGUUUGAAAUCAUGCCUGCUUCAUCUGCUGCUGCUGCAAGUCCAGGUAAUUCACAUAAUGUGGUGGGUGUACACUAUAAAGUAGGAAAGAAAAUUGGUGAAGGAAGUUUUGGUAUAAUCUAUGAAGGUAUAAACUUGCUUAACAAUCAACCUGUGGCUAUCAAGUUUGAGCCUAGAAAAAGUGAUGCACCUCAAUUAAGAGACGAAUAUCGAACGUAUAAAAUCAUGGCUGGUUCCAUUGGUAUACCUACUGCUUAUUAUUUUGGUCAAGAAGGUCUUCAUAACAUUCUAGUGAUUGACUUGUUGGGCCCUAGUCUCGAAGAUAUGUUUGAUACGUGUGGACGACGCUUCAGUGUCAAGACAACUGCUUUACUUGCUAAACAAAUGCUGACUCGAGUGCAAACAAUUCAUGAAAAGAACCUCAUUUAUCGAGAUAUUAAACCAGACAAUUUCUUGGUUGGAAAACCUGGUACAGAAGCCGAAAACCAAAUCUUUAUUGUUGAUUUUGGUAUGGCUAAACUGUACAGAGAUCCCAAAACAAGACAGCAUAUUCCUUACCGUGAAAGAAAGAGUUUAUCUGGUACUGCUCGUUACAUGUCAAUCAAUACACAUUUGGGAAGAGAACAAUCACGCCGUGAUGAUCUUGAAUCCUUGGGCCAUGUCUUUAUGUACUUUUUAAGAGGCUCUUUGCCCUGGCAAGGUCUUAAGGCUGCUACAAAUAAGCAGAAAUAUGAAAAGAUUGGUGAAAAAAAGCAAACGACGGCUAUUAAAGAUCUUUGUGAUGGUUAUCCUGAGGAGUUUGGCAUUUACCUUCAAUAUGUGCGUAAAUUGGGCUUUGAAGAAACACCUGACUAUGACUUUUUGCGUAAUUUAUUCAACAAAGUGAUUGAGAAGAUGGGAGAGCAAGAUGAUGAUGUUUAUGAUUGGAUGACACUCAAUAGUGGAAAGGGUUGGCAGACAUUAUCUAAACGAGCUACUCGUCAGCAUACAACAAAUAAAAGGAUUGUUGAUAAUUCUGGUAUCAAUGCUCGUAAAGAUCAAUCACAACAACAACAACAACAGCAACAACAGCAACAACAACAGCAACAACAGACAUACACACAACCACAACAACAACCACAAUUUCGUACUAAAAAAUCAAGAGGAUUUUUAUCCAAAUUAUCAUGCGGGUUAUGCCGUUAACCAAAGACUUUAUUCAUACAACUUAUUGCACACGAUAUACACAUUCACAGACCAGAUAAUGAUAGUAUUUAUUCAAUUAUUCCUUAUAAAAAAAAAAGAAAUCCUCUUUAAUUUGUAAAUCUUAUUACACAGACAAAAUAGUCUAUUUGGCAUAAUCAAUUUAUCAAACCAUACUAUAAAAUUCAG